CCACAGCGAUCGCGGCCCCGGGGGAGGGGAUCCCGAAGAUCACAGAGGAUCCCAUGGAUGCCCCGAUCCCACAGGAGAUCCAGGGGCUCCUGGAAGAGGCCGAGGAUUUCCUAAGCCGGGCUUUGCAGGAGGAGCCGCUCAGCGCGCGGGCGCGGGAGCGGCGCGACGCCAUCCUCCGCUCCUUCCAGCGCCUCGGAGCCAGGUACCACCUGGAAUUCCCAUCCCGAGGAGGGGACGAGCAUGACGGACAUGACGGCUCCGAGGAAAAUCCCAGCUGGAAUUUUGGCCCUUCCCGGAUUUCUCCGGCCUCGUUCCCGACAGAAUUCCAGGAUGAGGGCCUGGAGGAGAUCCCACGGCCCAUCCAGGAUUCCGGGAAUAUUUUGAAGCAAGGAUACCUGGAGAAAAGAUCCCGAGAGCCCAGCUUUUUCGGCUCCGAGUGGCACAAGCGCUGGUGCGUCCUCACCCAACGGAAUUUCCUCUAUUACGCCAACGAGAAAAGCAAGCAGCCCAAAGGCUCCUUUCCCAUCGAGCGCUACCAGGCCCACCUGGACUCCCAGCUCCGGAAAGAUUCCCGGAAAAAAUGCUGCUUCCAGCUGCUCUGUCCCGGAAAACGCUCCUACGAGUUCACAGCUCCGAGCCCGGCCGAGGCCCAGGAUUGGGUGGAGCAGAUCCAGUUCCUCCUGAGGGACCUCAGCUCCCUGACCAUUCCCUGCGAUGAGGAUGAGGAGGAGGAGGAGGAUGAGAAGGAGGAUGAGGAAGAGGAAGAGCUCUCCAAGGACCGGGACAGCUCCGAUUCCAUGAACAAUUCCCAAAAUUCCACCCUGAAUCCAGAGGAGCCGGAGCUGGAAGGUGACGACAUCUACGAGGUGCUGCCAGAUGAGGAGCUGGAGCCGCCAUUCCCGGAGAAUGAGGAGGAUUUCGGGAGCGAGGAGGAAAAUUCCGACUGGGAUUACUCCAAUUAUUACCAGGGAUUGUGGGAUUGCAUCGGGGACAAUCCCGACGAGCUCUCCUUCCAACGGGGCGACCUCAUCCACAUCCUCAGCAAGCCCAUAAUGAGCUCUGGAAAUGCGAGUGCCCCCGACACACGGAGAGCAUCAACAGCCGCCGACACCUCAUUAGCGCCCGCCUUCAUUAAUUCUGCCGACCCCGCGCUGACCCCGCCGGGGGCCGCGGGGCGCAGGUGGAGCCGCCCGAGCGGCCCCCGGGGAUGCGGCGGCGAGCCCGGCUCCGGUUGCCGCGGCAACGCGGGGGAUGCGGCAGAGCCCGGCCGCUUCCUCGGGGGUCCCCGAGCCGCGCUGCAGACCCCCGAGUUCAUCGCCGCCGCGCCCGGAGAGGGGAAGGCGCCGAUUCCGGGGGGUUUCAGCCAGAUUCCGUUCUGGCACCCCUGA